AUGACUCGAGUAAAACGAGGCAAUGUAGCCCGUAAAAGUCGCAAUAAAAUUUUAGAAUUAAACCGUGGGUAUCGUGGUUCACAUUCCACAUUAUUCCGCACGGCUAACCAACGCACAUUAAAAGCACUUACAUCAUCAUAUGAUGGUCGUCGUAAGAAAAAACGUGACUUCCGUCAAUUAUGGAUUAAGCGUAUUAAUGGAGCAGUUCGUACACUUGGAUCUGUAACAUACAGUAAAUUCAUGCAUAAAAUGAAGAAAAACCAAGUAAACUUAAACCGUAAAAUGUUAUCCCAACUUGUAAUUUUAGAUCCCGCUGGAUUUGAACCGUUAAUGAAAUACGAGUAA